AUCUGAUGGCCGAAGGAUGGCCCCGAACUUACGGAGGUUUUCUCCAGUCUUCUCAUCUGCUGCUGCUCUGACUUAUUUAUUAUGGCAAAAGUUGGAUGUUGCACUUUGCAGUGAAAGAAGAAGAGAAAAUUCUUGAUGUUGUUGAGUUCUUCUUGCCUGCGGUGAAAGUCCGCACUUUCACCAUCCUCCUUCCUGCCUCGCCACCAACUUUCCCCGCAGUAGCAGCAGCCAGACGGACGAAGAAGAGGAAACGACGACAACGACGACAACGACGACGACGAAAGAUUAUUAAAUAGUGGGCUGGUCAGUCAGCCUCAGCCAUUCAAUCAGCAGCAGACUUUUCACUUUACGUUAGCAAUCACACAUUAUUAACGUCAAUUCAGUUGUGGGUGGACUCGAUAUCAACCCCCAUAAGAAAAAAAACACAAACGUUGGGAGAGAAAUACUUUGCAAAUUCUGAUAAUAAAUAAAUACUCUGCUAUCCUGUCUGCACACACAGUGCAGUGCAAUUGUUAUAUUAUUCAAAAUUGGUUUAUGGUCCAAUAGCGACCGAUUUAUUUACGAUGAGUGCAAUCACGAGUAAGCUCAAGAAGAAGCAUAUUCGCGUUAAACAUCAAAAGGUGAAGGUGUUUCGAGCCAAAGAACCUCUUCUCUCCGUACUCAUGUGGGGUGUUAACAUGACGACGAAUGACCUGCAACAUGUUAAUAUCCCGGUUAUGCUCAUGCCAGACGAUUUCAGGUCACAUUCCAAGAUCAGGGUGGACAAUCAUCUUUUCAAUAAAGAGAAUCUGCCCAGUCACUUCAAGUUCAAGGAAUACUGUCCUUUGGUGUUUCGUAAUUUGCGAGAACGUUUUGGAAUUGAUGAUCUUGAUUAUCGAGAGUCACUCACUCGGUGUUUAUUGCAUCUUGCCAGGUCAGAGCCGAUACCAUUCAUUAAUAGUGGGAAGAGUGGAGCCAAGUUUUACCAGUCUAGUGACAAAUUGUUUAUUAUCAAAACGCUGACAAGUGAAGAAGUGGAACAGAUGCACGCCCUGUUGAAGCAAUAUCAUCCAUACGUUGUGGAACGUCACGGAAAAACCCUCCUCCCGCAAUAUCUCGGCAUGUACAGGGUGACGGUCGAUGGGGGUGAACACUACAUGGUUGUUACGCGAAAUGUAUUCAGCAACCAUCUCAAGAUUCACAGAAAAUAUGAUCUAAAAGGCUCAACAGUGGAUCGUGAAGCUAAGGAUAAAGAGAAGGGAAAAGAUCUUCCUACUCUCAAAGAUAACGACUUUAUCAAAGAUGGGGGUCGAAUCUAUAUUGGUGAAGAUGCAAAGUCAAAACUGAUGGAAACAUUAACUGCUGAUGGCGAGUUUCUGACAAAGUUGCAUCUGAUGGAUUACUCACUCCUCUUGGGAGUUCAUGACUGCGAUAAGGGAGAUGAGGAAGAAAAGGAGAAACCAGAGUCUCAGGAUGAGAAUGGAUUGGAGGAAGAAGAGGAAUCUGACGGUCAAAAUGUUCCAACCCCUCCAGACUCACCAGCCCCAGGUGUCGGUCCUCCAGAGUUGCUCGAGUAUGAUGGUAGGAUUAUUCCCGAUAUCGAUAUUUACGCAAUACCGUCUCAUCAAAAUGCUCCCCAGAGUGAAAUAUAUUUUCUUGCUGUGAUUGAUGUUUUAACCCAUUAUGGAGUGAAGAAGCAAGCUGCGAAAGCCGCAAAGACGGUCAAGUAUGGCAGUAAUGUUGAAGGGAUCUCUACUUGUGAGCCAGAUCAGUAUGCCAAGAGGUUUAUCGACUUUAUCUCAAAAGCUAUUGAGUAGUUUUGGGCAGAUUGCUAAGCUAACUGCUUUAUUUAUGCUUAAUUACUAGUUGUUAAACACAUAUAUAAAUACAUUAUAAAGUCAUAAAACAACCAACAGUACUAGCCUAUAGAUAUUCUACGCCACACCACAACAAUAUUGUAGAAAGUAGUCUAUCUAUUCUGAACCGUCGAUGAUCAUGAUAUGUGAUUGAUGUUAUCGUAAAUAAUGUUGCUGUCAUAAAUUAUUCUUAUCCAAAUUUAUCGUUGUAACCAAAAAAAUGAAAGAUUAUUUUAACUUCAAAUGCAUGCCAAGCGAUAUUAAUAGUGAACGUAUGAGCAACAAGUUAAAGAAAGAGAUGUUAUAAUAAUCAUUAUGAAAUGUUAGAUUUAUCGGUUUAUAUCGCAAUUCAUGUUUUCAUUACUUAACUAUAUAUACAUUAUUACUUAUUGUCAAUGCUCGCUAUCUGAUACUCUCUCUUUCUCUUCUGCUGUUACCAAUUAAUUGUUUCUCACUAAAAUUGAACAAAUAUUAACUAUAUUUAAUAGAACUGAAGCAACAUUCUUCUCUGCAUUUUAGUGCAGUCACUUCAGUGCAUAUAUAUAUACUCUGUCCUAUUUAUUCAUUACAUGUAUUUCGUUCAAGUUGGUUCUCUAGAAAGUUACCUAUUAUUUAAAAGACAUGAGACUCUUAAAAAUAAUCAAGUCAAAUUGUGUUUCUUUCAAAUUUCUUGUUUUUAUACCACCCCUACGUUCUAUAUUCUGUAGUUAAUUAUAAGAUGAAGUUCUUUAAUACUGACUUUGUAUUAUUUAUCCUAAUAUGCACCAGAAAAAGUUGUUAUUAGCCUGCAUAUAAAUACUGAUGAUGAUAAUAAUGGCGUAUUAAAAAUAAAACCUCCAGUCAUUGAUUGAUAUAAAUUA